GGGAAAGUACUGCAAGUGUCUUAAGCCAACAUGAGACUACAACUCAUAGAUUAUAUCAAAAUGUCUCAGAGUGAGUGUUGGAUAGAAGAGAAUGAGUCUGAAACAGACGACUGGAGUGGAGAGACCUACCAUUUAAACAGCCGAUGCUUCAUCUCUAACCUGACCAGAGAGAAUGUCUCCCUCUCUGUCAGUGACUCUGUGGUGGGUCGUUGUUACAGACACAGGUGUACUGGACUGAACCGGUAUCAGAUACAGGUGUCCGGCGCUGACUGGAUGGACUGCCCAGCUGGGGGUGCCACUGAGGUGACAGGAUACAGGGGUUUAGUGUUCUGUCCUGACAAGAGGUUGUGUUGGUACCCAGACAUUGACUUGUCCAACAACACCCAGAUAUCUGACUCUUCAGAUAUCUUAACCACAGACCCAUCGAUACCUGGGAAGGUUCAAUACAGACCUCACAGUGUCUUCGGUCCUGGGGGUCACUGGUGUUGUGUGUCUCCUGGCGGGCCUGACAGUCAGCUACAGGAAGUAUCUCUCCUUCAGAGUCAGGGUACAUGA